AUGGUGUCGGUGCGCAGUGCUCACACGGUGGGCUCCAUCAUCCGAGCCUACGGCGCAGACCAGGUCCGGCUGGAGAUCACCUAUGGAAAACACCUGGCCAAGAACGUGAUUCCCAGCCGUAUCACCUUGGGAUGCAUGGUCGAAGCCUUGGCCUCCAACAACGAUCCGGAAGGCGCCUAUGACAUCAUCCAACAAGCCUUGGCCGAGCCACAGACCAAGGGCUUGGUGAAUGCCGUGACUUACAGCUCGGUUUUGAAGAGCUUCAAUCAUCAAAAAUCCUUCCACCGUGUUUGGGACGUCUAUGAUGAGAUGAUUCGCGGAAAGGUGGAGUUUUCAGUCACGACUUACAAUGCCCUGCUGGAUGUCUGCGCGCGUAGCGGGGAGAUCUCCCGUGCUGAGCCUCUUUUGAAAGAGAUGGCCGUCCAAGGUAUCACACCAAACAUCAUCACCUAUGGCACCGUGAUCAAGGCCUACUGCUCAGCGAACCGCCUGGACCAAGCCUUUGCAGUCUUUUCGGACAUGCAGGCGAACACCGAUUUGCACCCAGAUGAAGUGACGUACAACACGCUGCUGGACGGCUGUGCCCGCUAUGGCUCAUUCGAUCGCGGGCUGGAAGUGAUGGCUGAUAUGAAGAAGGCUAAGGUACCUCCCAGCAACUACACUCUCUCUGUCAUUGCCAAGUUGGCCAAUCGCAGCAAGAAGCCCAAGUUGGCCUUUCAGAUGGUGGAGGAGUUACGUCGGGGCACCCGGGAAUUGUUUGCCCUGGGAAUCGCAAGCCGCAAUGUGUUUACUUAA